CCCGACCAGCUGUUGUGAUGUAUUCCUUCCUUCUUGAGGAGUAAUGGAGGAAGACCUUGAGCAGUCGUCCCAAGGCUGGCUGGGAGGCUGGCUCCCUGCCUGGCGUCCCACCUCCAUGUCCCGCCUUAAGAAUGUGGAGACCCGGAUCUUGCAGUGCCUCCAGAACCGAUUUGUGUCUCGGUACAUAUCCCUCCCCAACCAGAACAAGAUCUGGACUGUAUCGUUGGCUCCGGAUCGGGGCCGGGGGCGCACACCCCUGGUGAUGGUGCAUGGCUUUGGCGGGGGCGUGGGGCUCUGGGUCCUCAACCUGGAUUCGCUGAGCACUCACCGCCCCCUCCACGCCUUUGACCUCCUUGGCUUCGGACGCAGCUCCCGACCCCCCUUCCCCCAAGAUGCACAGGGGGCAGAGGAGGAGUUUGUGAGCUCCAUCGAGGCCUGGCGCCAGGAGAUGGGCAUCCCCAGCAUGAUCCUGCUGGGCCACAGUCUCGGCGGCUUCCUGGCAGCCUCCUACAGCUUGCAGUACCCAGAGAGGGUGAAACAUCUGAUCCUUGUGGACCCCUGGGGCUUCCCCGUGCGGCCGACAGACCCGAGUCAGAUGCGUAGCGCUCCCGCUUGGAUCAAGGCCGUGGCAACGGUGCUGGGGCGGUCCAACCCUCUGGCGGUGCUGCGAGCUGCUGGGCCGUGGGGCCCAGGCUUGGUGCAGCGCUUCCGCCCAGACUUUAAGCAGAAGUUUGCAGAUUUCUUCGAUGACGAUACCAUCUCAGAAUACAUCUACCAUUGCAAUGCCCAGACACCCAGUGGCGAGGCAGGGUUCAAGGCUAUGAUGGAGGCGUUUGGUUGGGCCCGGCGCCCCAUGUUGGAACGCAUCCACCUGGUGCGGCGUGACUUGCCCAUCACCCUCAUCUAUGGUGCCAAUUCCUGGAUUGAUACCAGCACCGGGGAGAAGGUCAGGGACCUGAGACCAGGGAGCUACGUCAACGACAUGGCUAUCCCUGGAGCCUCCCACCACGUCUACGCUGACCAACCCCGUGCCUUUAACACCGCUGUGGAAGAGAUCUGCGACUCUGUUGACUGACUGUGCGGGAGCCAGAGGAAGAAAGAAGCUUGUCUGGCUCCAGCUCCCCACCCGGCUGCUGGGACAUGCCCAAGAACCCCACUCCAUGCACCCCAAGGAGCAACAAUUCAAGCUCGUCCUGAGCUGGUUGCUAGUUGGUCUUGGAGGACGUCGGUCCCCUCCCUGUUCCCUGACUUGUCCCAAGUCUUCACUCUACUUAAAGGUUGCAGGCCGCCUGCGUUGGGUUAAUCGAAGUUCUAAUCUUUUUAUUUUUUUCCGAAUUCCUCAUGGAUCCUCAUUUGCUUCAGCCUUCCUUCUCCUAAAAUUAGUGCCUAGCCCAAUUUCUUUCCUGUCCUAUCUAGUGGGUGUGUCCCUGAAAGUUAUCUGCAGUCUCCACUGCUGCUUUCAUUUAGUGGUAGUAGUAGACCUGGAUCAAUAGUGGCUCUCUCUGAGUCUGUACAAGGAGAUGUAAGGUUGAUUGUUUUCCCUGUAAGAGGUGAUAUCAUUGAUCUGACUGGCCAAGCCUACCUGGCUCAUACAGCCGGAGGGGAAACCGUGGCUUGUCCUUCUGGUUGACGCCAUCUUCCAUUGUACCUCAAUCAACGAGACAGCCUAAAUUGAAAGCUAAUGGAAUGCUGGGUCUUUUUUUCCCUCUCAAGAGGUUUCUAUUACCUAUUUGGUGAUUGGCUGAGGGAAUUCGGUAGGCAGUGUUGGGCCACCAAUGGGAGACUCUUCACCUUUCGGAACAUGGCUUGGGUGUGGCAGAAGCAAGUCUUCCCCAUCACCCAUCGUCUGCUGCUAUGAUGGUAAAGACAAUUGGGAAGCCAUGAGAUGGGGUGGAGGGGUAACCAAAAGGAACUCUUGACCUCCAGUUUCAACUGUUAGGAGCUGCUGUAGCCCAGUCCAUAGUCCAACCAAUUCUUACUGAGCCUAGCGGGGAAUCUCAGAUUACUGCAACUCCUCAAACUCUAGCAAUGGCGGGUAGGAGAGAAGGCAGCCUGAGAGUCAUGACCACCAGUCAUGCUUGGAGCUGCCUGCGGUUUUAGGCUGCAAACCUCUCUGCACUCUCGUGAUUCUAGAGAUCGGCCAGUGCAGGAUCUUGGAGACUUGGAUGGCUUAAAGCCUUGAAAAUCCCAUUUUGACAAACUACAGACCGUUUGAACACAUUGGCAUUUGUUUCCCUCUCAACCUUGGGAAAGGCUUUGGGUGGUUUUGUGGCAGCCGAAUUUGGCAUUUUCUAGCAAUUAUUCUUCUCGGUGAAGGGAGUUUAGAUCCCGGAGGUAGAGAAUGCUUUUCCCUCUGGUCUGUCCUCAUCGCCAUCUAGUGGCAGCCAGAGGCCUUAUUUGGAGCAGAUGUUUGGCUGGGCUGUGUGAUCUCCAUGGUUGCCCUCUUGCCUAUGAAAUCUCUCCCUCAAGCAUGCACAUAAUCCAUACACAUACACAAUAUGCUCCAUCUUGGAAGAAACCCCCCUUGAAGGAUGUUUUUCUCCUUCUCUUUUCUACUAUCCUAGAGGGAAAUGUUUGUUUCUGUGGUUGGGCUCCUGAAUUACCUUCCCUGCUAUAUGAGGCCUUGGCUGAGGUGGGAGGAGACAUAUUGAAUGAAAACAUAGAAUAUAUAUAUAUAUUUGUAUGGUCUCAUUGGGCCCCGUGGCCAUUUUUGUAUGCCUGUCUUUGUACCUGCUCUGUGGUGCCAUUUUGACAUUCUCUAACAUAAAUGCAAGAGGCGCUUCGAUGGAGCCUCAUUCCUUUCCCUUGUGGUGCUUUGUAUAGAAUUAACCUGGGUUUGCACUAAUUUUUUUCUAUGUUGAAUAA